AUGUUGUCUGAAAAAAACCAGCUUGCUUGUACCCGCAACUAUGAACCCGUCUGCGGGACUGACAACGUGACCUACUCCAACGAGUGCUCCCUCUGCAAUGAAAUCCUCCGAAACCAAGCCAUCGACAAGAAGCACGAUGGAAAAUGUGUUAAGCUUGACUGCACUGGCUACCUGAGAUCAAGCGGUGGUGCGGUCCCCUGCACCCUGGAGUACAUGCCCAUCUGCGGCACCGAUGGGAUUACCUACCCAAACAAGUGCAGCUUCUGCAAUGCUGUGGUGAAUGGACUGGACAUAGACCUGAGGCACAAGGGAGAAUGCUUAGAGGUUGACUGCAGCGAUCAGCUGGGUAACAAUCUCAUCUGCACCGCUGACUAUAAGCCCCUUUGUGGCUCCGAUGGCAAAACUUACGGAAACAAGUGCCAGUUCUGCAGCGCAUUUUCGCGGAGCCAGGGAGCUCUGUUCUUGAAACACCGUGGUGAAUGCUGA